AUGCCCGAACCGGGCGUCAGGAUGAACGGCUCCUCGCCGGGUGAGCUGUGCUGGCUCUUCUGCUGCCCGCCCUGCCCGAGCCGCAUCGCCGCCAAGCUGGCCUUCCUGCGGCCCCAGCCCACCUACACAGUGCUGGCGCCCGAGCAGCGCGGCCCCCAGCCGGCGCCAGCCUAGCCCGCGCAGCAGCGGCCCGAGGAGGGCACGGGGCCCGGCGCUUGCAGCCUGCACCUGAGCUAGCGCGCCGACUGGCAGUACUCGCGGCGCGAGCUGGACGCCGUCGAGGUCUUCUCGCGCACGGCCCGGGACAGCCGGCUCGGCUGCAUGUUCGUGCGCUGCGCGCCCUCCAGCGGCUACACGCAGCUCUUCUCCCAAGGCAGUGCCGUGGACCUGGGCCAGACGUGUAGCUCCUUGUGAUACAUCGGCCGUCGUUCGCACAUCAACUGCAACAUCUUCUCCUACGACUACUCCGGCUAUGGCGUCAGCUCGGGCAAGCCCUCUGAGAAGAACCUCUAUGCUGAUAUCGACGCCGCGUGGCACGCGCUGCGUGCCUGGUAUGGCGUAAGUGCUGAGAACAUCAUCCUGUAUGGUCAGAGCAUUGGGACCGUCCCCACUGUACACCUGGCCUCCGGUAUUGACAAGAUAUCUGAAGUCACCUCUCCCGUGUUGGUCAUUCACGGUACAAAGGACGAGGUCAUUGAUUUCUCCCAUGGCCUGGCCAUGUAUGAACGCUGUUCCCGGGCCGUGGAGCCCCUCUGGGUCAGACAUAAUGAAAUAGAGCUUUAUGCACAGUACCUAGAAAGACUAAAACAGUUCAUAUCUCACGAACUUUCUAAUUCCUCAAGAUGA